UGUAGGCUCCACCUGCGCACGGUGAGACUGUCAAACAUGGCGGCGAAUUGACAGAUCAACGACUAGUUUUUUCUAUCCGUGUCAUCAGUCACAGAUAGCCUAUAAGCCAGGGACCUGGUAAACAUAAGGAUUGAGCAUUUAUGAUAGUAAAUGCUUAGUAAAUUGAAAUAACCCUCUUGAUUGUUAUUUCGGUGUCCGUUCUGAGACAUUUAAGUGGACCAUAGCGUGCAACAGUAAACAGUGGACUAUAGCCUUGUGAAUUCCACCGACAUCGGAGAAUAUUUCUCGAAAUCCGGGAGUCCUGCUUUCGCUUUAGCGAAAUAGCAGUAAUGUAUUAGAGGCAAAUACCCCCCCCCCUCCGCCCCACAAACACACACACACACUCUCUGCAAUGUCAGUACCCAACGCCACCUUCUCGACGUCCCCCACUUCAACCCUGUGCCCCCCUUCAGCCCUAGACUCCCUCUCUGUCUCCUCUCUCCUGUCCGGGGACCUUGAUGAUGACGUAGGAAGCACAGAGGAUGUGGGGCUGGGGGAUCUGGAGGUGAACCCAUAUGACGGACUGCCCUUCUCCUCUCGGUACUACUCUCUGCUGGAGGAGAGGAGGAGCCUGCCCAUGUGGAGGAUGAAGUACAGCCUGCUGGAACACCUAGAGAGCCACAGCAUGGUGGUAGUCAGUGCCCGGAGUGGGACAGGCAAGAGCACACAGGUACCCCAGUGGUGUGUGGAAUACGCCCUCUCACAUGAAUUUUCCCAAGGUUUGGUGUGCUGUUCCCAGCCACAUUCCGUAGCAGCUGCGAGCUUGGCUCUUAGGGUGGCUGACGAGAUGGACCUGAGUCUAGGCCUAGAGGUGGGCUACAGGGUCCCCCACGAUGAUGGUUGCACACCAGAUACGCUGCUCAGAUUUGUCAGUGACUCCCUACUGAUAGAAGAAAUUAUGUCGGACCCGCUACUGCACCACUAUGGCGUCCUGAUCCUUGAUGAACUCCAGGAGCGCACCGUGCCCACUGACGUCCUCCUAGGCCUCCUCCUCGACCUUUGCCGCCAGCGCCACGACCUCCGCGUGGUCCUACUCACUGUCCCAUCUCUUGCCCCACGCCUUGUCACCUUCCUUGGCCCCGAGGUUCCACUCCUCACUCUGGACACACUUCUCACACAUCAACCUGCCAGGGGUCAGGAGGAAGGUAUGGUUGAGGAUACCCUGCCAUUGGUUGCUGUGGAGACGGUGUACCGGGAGCCCCCCAUGGGGCGUGAGCCCGCUGUAGCAGCAUGUCACAUGGUAUUGGACUUACAUCGCCGAGGGGAGGAGGGAAAUGUGAUGGUGUUCCUGUGUAGUGGCCAGGAGAUUGAGGAAUGUGUCUUUCUACUAGAGAAAGAGUCUGUGGCUUUCAGUCCUGAGCUGGGUCCUUUUCGAGUCCUCCCCCUUCAUGUUGGCCUAGGCCGGGCCACCCAGCGCAUCUACGAGCCCGAACCUGAAGCCUCUGUGCUGGGGAAGACGGAGAGCUCAGAAAACCAGGAGGAUCUGGAAGCACCAGGGUCAAAGUCACGGGUUAAACGCAAAGUCAUACUCACAGACACAUUAGGGGAAGCUUCCUUCUCUCAGCCUGGAAUACGAUACGUCAUUGACACAGGCCUUCAACUGAAAACAGUUUAUAAACCACAAAUCAGAGCAGACUCCCAGGUCUUACGGCCAAUCAGCAAGCACCAGGCAGACAUGCGCACUCAGAGGAUCAACAGUCACUUACCAGGUCUAUGUUUCCGUCUGUACCCCCAGUCUUUGUAUGAGGAAGGCAUGGUGCAGGCCUGUAGUCCAGGGGUGGUGGAGGAGAACCUCAGCCACCUAGUGCUGCUGCUCAAGAGGCUGGACAUUGCUGACAUGGGCCAGUGCAAGUUCCUAGAUAGACCAGCUCCAGAGUCUCUGAUGCAGGCUCUGGAGGACCUGGACUAUUUGGCAGCGCUGGAUGACGAUGGCAAUCUGUCUGAGGUGGGCAUCAUCAUGUCCGAGCUUCCUCUAGAGCCCUCACUGGCCAAGGCUCUGAUAGCAGCCUGCGAGUAUGACUGUGUCAACGAGCUGCUCACCAUCGCUGCCAUGUUAACAGCUCCGCCAUGCUUUGUGACUCCUCCAUCUAACAGAGAGGAGGCUGCAGCUACUCACAGACUCCCCCUACUGCACACAGAGGGAGACCACUUCACCCUCAUUAACAUCUACAAUGCCUACAUACAGCACAACGAAGAUGAAGCAUGGUGUACCACCAACUUCUUGAACCCAGUUGCGUUACGUUUAGCUGUGUUGAUCAGGGGGGAGCUCCUGGAAGUGAUGAAGCGAAUAGAGUUGCCUGUCUCACCUCCAGCCUUUGGUUGCCAAGAUAACUGCACCAACAUCAAGCGUGCGCUUAUCUCAGGCUUUUUCCUCAAGGUGGCGCAUGAUGUAGAUGGCUCUGGUAACUACCUCCUGUUGACUCAUCGCCAUGUGGCUCACCUCCACCCCUUCUCUUCCUACCUGUGCCGUCGUCCACGCCCCAGCCCACCUACCUGGGUCCUCUACCAUGAUUUCACCAUCUCCCAUGACAACUGCAUCCGCAUUGCCUCCGAAGUUCAUCCCCACAUGCUAGUGGAGCUGGCCCCUCAAUAUUACCUGGGUAACCUGCCACCAAGUGAGGGGAAGGAGCUGCUGAUGGAGUUGAGACAGAGUCUGGCUUCCCCAGAUGAGGACCAGGAGGGGAGCUCAGAUGGAGCCUAUGGCAGGACACACAAAGAGAGAAAUACCAACAACAUGGGAGAAACUCAAAGCCAGUACAGCAACGAACUCUGUAUAGUCCAAUAAAAGGAACCAGUGAAAACCUUGAAUAAAUAACCAAGAGUUGUGGAUACUUUGUGCAAGAUGCUCUCAAAGGUUGUCACUGAGGUCUUCCAAGAUUACUCUGUUUACAUAUUAGGGAACAGGAGUUAAUGUACAGGUGUCUGGAAACAUCACCUAAUUUAAGAAUAUAAUUGUUAGAUGUGGGGAAAAAGCUUCAUUUGAAGCAAACAUACAGAAUUAUUGUACACAUUUUAAUGCAAAGUAAUAUAUAAAAAUCAAUAUAUUGGGGAAGAAAUUGAUGACAUUUUAUAUACAACCGUGGUUUGUACGCUUUUCAUUUAAUCAAUAAAUGCUCCCAGGCAGUCAAUGGAUGAUAUUUAAAGGUCCCAUUACAUGAAAUGUUCACUUUAGGAGGUUAUUUAACAUUAAUAUGAGUUCCCCUAGCCUGCCUUUGGUCCCCCAGUGGCUAGAAAUUUCGAUAGGUGUAAACCAAGCCCUGGGUAUUCUUCUCCGCCUUUGAGAAAAUGAAAGCUGAAACGCUCGGUUUUGAAAAUCCUCUCCUUAUGUUGUCAUAAGUAGGAAAGAUACCUCCCCUUUCUCUGCUUUGCCCGCACAGAGAAUUUGGCCCACCAAUGAGAAAAUGAGCUACGACUGUGCGAGCGCGAUAUUAGUUUUUCCUCGAGACAUCAUGGCUUGCAAACGACCAAGCAUGGCAGUUAGCCCCGCCUCUUUCUUCCUCAUAGCAUUUAAAGCUACAGACACAGAAACGGCACGUCCUGAGGAAAGCUCAUUGUGGGACUGCUCGUAGAGGCUGUAAUUCUGAACCAAGGCUGAAUUUCGGGAAAGAGACUUCAGAUACAGUAUUAGGGGACCACUAAGGCCUAUAUAAAAGCAUCCAAAAACAGCAUGUCAUGGGAUCUUUAAUUCCCAAGAAGCACCAAGAAAGUGAAGCUGACAGUUUGAAUCUGUGUUAAUCUCAGGGCUGAGUGGUUUACAAUGGACUUCCCGAUAUUGUACAGAGCUUCAAUUUCAAUGGUAUCAGAAUUCAAGAUUUUUGUGAUACCAUUAAUCUUUUUACCCUUAUUGUGUUUACUGUUUGUACUCUGAUAAUUUCUUCCCCACUCCAACUGUUUGAAUAAUGUGUGUGUAAGUUCAGGGCAUCUUCCCCAUAUCUUCCGUAUCUUCAAAAUUAUGUUUUGAACACGCAUUAAUAAAAAUUGUAUUUCCUGAACACCA